AUGGAAUGUUCUGAAUACGAUAAUGUCAAUAGUGCAAUGGAGAAGAAUGGGUACAAUGAAAUGAACCCACAUGUAGGAAGUUGGGUAGACAAGGAUAGUGUUUGUCAAGUGUUUUGCCCACAUACAUACCUUUCCAAAAACAUGUACAAUACUAUCACAGUAACAAGAGAAGGGCAAUCAUAUGACUUGGACCCUGAUUACCUAACUAUAUCAAGUAAUGGGUUUAGUGAACCAACUGCCUAUACAUCAUGGGACUAUGGUGAUGGGAAAUUUAGGUCAUGUUACAUACAUGAAGAAUCACAUACAGAAAGAAGAAGGAGCUCCAAAAAAUACCACGCACAUGUACCAUAUGGACAUCUCCUUCUAUACGGUAACAAUGAGAGAAAAGAGAUGGAGUUGUUUGAUUUUAGAGACAUGGAAAUUUGUCUUAUGUUUGAUGCACGUAGACCUUUAGAACCUUUCAGAAGUAUGAGUACACCAAUAAGGUGGACAAGCAAUAGGCGGGCAAUUUUGUAUGUGGGAUCCGACCUACAACAAUGGGAUUUUGGGGGAAACACGGCUACAAAAUUGAAUACUAUUCCAUUCUCUGGGGAGCUGAAAGGUUUAUGUACUAUCGCUGAGAGUCGAGAACCAAUCGGUGCAUACUCUUCUAGGAUCACAAUGGAAGGAGUUUACGCUAUAUACUACACCAAAUACAAGAUAUAUCUAUUUGAUGCCAGGAGCCCAUCCACAACGUCGAUUAACCUACCUCCGGGUAUAACUGACAUUUAUAGCAGUGCAUUAUAUGAGAAAUCAAUCUUGUUGGGGGCAAGAGCUUCAUCAGAUACUAGGUUCUUUACAUACAGAGACAAAAUUAUUGAUAUUGACAUACGAAAGGCAUCAUCAAUGACCUCUUACAUUUUACCCGGAUUCACAGAUGAAAAAAAACACGAUACAAGAAUCAUUCAAGUAUGGUCUAAUUCAGAUCAAGUAUUAGCAUUAAAUACACGUGGCUUGUUCGUGUUCACUCACUGCAACAACCCUCAACCUACCACUAUUGCUGGAAUAGAACUACCAAAUAUUAGACACACAAAGAGGAUUGGGCCCUGGGAUCUCAUGGAACCAAAAUUCACAGCAUCCGGGAAAAAUGUCAUAAUUACAUCAGCAUCAAACUGCCCAUUCAUCUCAAACUUUGUCUAA